UUUACUCCCUUCCUUCCUUUCGUACCAUUUUGUAUCCUUUCUUCCAUCCUUCCUUCCUUCAUCCCUUCUUCCUUGCUUUCAUACAACUGUAUUCAUGUUUCCUUCCCUACAUCCACCCUUCCUUCCGUCCUUCCUUUUUUCCUGUAAUACGUCCUUGUAUCCUCUCAUACUUCUUUUUUCCUCCCUUCCUUUUGUUCCUACAUCCUUGUUUCCUUCCAUCCUUCUUUCAGACCAUCCUUCCUCCCUUCCUUCCUUAAAUCAGUUAAUUUUAAAAGUGUAUACCUACUUUCGGCCCAGCCUGCAGAUUGUGAUGUACCGUGAGACUGCUUCUUACAAAAUCACCCCACCCCUACCCAUCCUUAAUUCAAGCCUCCCCCAUCUGCAGUUGAGUAAAUUCCCACGCUUCCUUCUUCUCGCCCCAGCCGAGGUGUGCUGCGGUGCGACCAUGGCGACGGGCGCCACGGAAACCGAGCACGGCAUGCUUUUAGAGCUAACCCAGUCUAAAGGCACAGAAAAGCGAAGGCGACAGGGCAGGUUCCAGCCCUUGAGACGUCUCUUUGGGAAGAAGAAGCACAAGAGGGAGGCCCAGGGGGACUUUGAUGGGGCGCAGCUCAAGGCCAGUUUCUCCAGCGGGGAAGUGUGCAAUGGAGUUGUGUCUGACGGCAAGAACGCCAGUCAAAGUCUAAGAGAGCUGAAUCCCGUUGGAUCUCGAGCCCUCUCGCACGACAGCAUCUUCAUCCCGGAGGAGUCGGCCAAUCAGGCCGGCCCGGAGCGCACCAUGUCCCAGGAAAACGUCUCGGACAAAGUGAAAAAUCUGCAGAAGCAGAUCGCGCAGACUAUCAAGUUCGGCCAGAAGCCCCCCUCUCUGAGAAGAAGCGAGGGGGAUGAGAUAAGUUCCGAGGAGGAGGAGGCGCCGCAGAGUCCUCUGAGAGUGACAGCGCAGGUCGAAACGGAGCCGUUAAAAGCGGAGACGACGGUCCAAGCGGCUCCGCAAGCGAGAUCGCACAGCACUCCUGUGAAGUCCCCCAGGUCCAAAAGUGUCCUUCCGCCCGACGGUACUAUCGAGUCGGUUAACCUGGAUGCCGUUCCGCAGUCGGUGUCUCUCCUGGACAACACCGCAGCCAAGCAUAAACUGUCUGUCAAACCCAAGAAUCAGAGGGUUUCACGCAAGCAUCGGCGGUUCACACAGGAACUGUCCCUCCCUGGCGUGGUGCAGGAGGACCCGGAAGUGGCAGGUGUCACCACGGAGCACCGACGCAGAUCGUCUGCAGAAGAGUACCUGGAAGCCUUCAAGAAGCAUCGAGUUGAAGCGGAACGGCUAGACGAGAAGAGGAAGAGGGAGCUGGAGGAAGAAGAGAGGAGGCAGCGAGCUGAGCAACUGAGGAUCGAAGAAGAGGAGAGGUGUCGUAAGCAGCGGGAAGAGAAGGAAAAAGAAGAGAGAAGGCUCCAUGAGGAAGAAGAGAGAAGGAUGAGGAAAGAAGAGGAGAGGAGGCAGCAAGAGGAGGAGGCAAGGAGGCUGAGGGCAGAGCAAAGAAGGAAGGAGGAAGAGGAAGCCAGGAGGCAGCAGGAGCUUGAGGCUCAACGACUAUGUUUGGAGGAAGAGGAGAUCAAGAAGAAGCAGAAAGAAGCCGAGAAGCAGAGGUUCCGCGAGAUCCAAGAGAAACGCAAACUGGAUUCGGAGGAACAGCUGAAGAGAAUGGCGGAAGAUGAAGGGGACAGAUGCUCGGAUGCUCAGGAGAGGAAGAGGAGAGCUGAUGAGCUUCGCUGGAGGGAGAUGGAGGAGCGGCAGAGGCCUUUCUCCUUCCAAGUUUCCUCCGGAGAAAAAGAAAUCCUCUUUCCGAAAGUUAACCUGACGCCCGUUACGCCCCCCUCGGGCGUCCACGGGUCGGCCGUUUCAAGAGAAGGCAUCAGGUCCUCCUCCGAAGCUCCGUACUCCCCCAACCGGCAGACUUCUCCGUACGUCCCCCACACCGCCAUCCUGGUGACCGGCACCCAGCUGUGUGGCACCGCCGUCAAUCUGGACCAGAUCAGGGAUACUGCCUGCAAGUCCCUCCUGGGUCUCGUUGAGGACCGCAAGGCCCAGGGAAUGCCGCCCGCCAAGACCAAGACGUCGCCUGACUGCAAGUCGGCAAAGACAAAAUCCCUCACUGAGCCCACUGAGCCGGACCCGCUGGGUGCAGCUGUCUUGGCUGAGUGGGCCACCAUCAGGUCCAAGAUAUUCAAGGGCGUGGAGGAGGGCAGUGAAUACCCAGACCCGAGCAGGAGCCAACCUCAAGCCAGCCAUGAAGACCAGCAUGACUUUGCCCACACGCACCUGAGGAAGACCAUGUCCGCUAGCGCCAAGUUCUCCAUCACGCCUGCCAAGAAGAAGUUUGGAGAUUCAAACAGGAACUCGGAGUGCUCCUGUCCCAGUGCGUCGGACGAUAAAAUGGGAGAGGAGGCCAUGUCGUCUGACGUGUCCACUUCCGCUUCGCCGGCCACAAGCCGUAAAGCUCAGAAUAGGAUGAGUAAGAGCGUCCGCCUCAUAGAUAGACCAGAGGACGAGUGUGUGUUUGCCAAAGACCUUCCAUCUUUCCUCGUUCCCAGCCCUGGAGCCAAGCCCGAAGGGCCUGAGUGGAAGGCUCGAGAUCGUAGCGGGUCAGCGGAGCCCGAAAGCAGAAUUGAGGGUGAGGAACCGAGUCGGGAUGGCGAGGAAAAGCCUUCGCCGUUUGGCAUCAAGCUAAGGCGGACCAACUACUCGCUCCGGUUCCACAGCGAGCAGUCCACGGAGAAACGGAAGAAGCGCUACAGCGCCGGAGACAGUUUUGAUGGCGUCCCCUCGCCCCUGACCCCCAUCGAUUUGGACUCCGACGCCUCUCCGGUCUUUUCCGACCCAUCCAGUCCAACAUCGCCUCAGAAAGAAGCCAAGUACUCCCUCGCCUCGGCCUCCCCCGUGUUGUCCUGGGCUGGCUCAGGCAAAUCCCUCAGCCCCAAGCCACGAUGCGACGGGCACCACGUGCCCUCCAAGCCGUCUCUCUACCACAGACCCCCCGCAUCGCCGAAAACCGCCGAAGAAGUUCCCACCUCUCCUCCAUCACCGCUGCCUAAAACGAGUCACAGCGAGACCGAGGACUCGGUUGGCCCGAGUCAGCCCACAGCGGUGGCCCAGCUACAUCGGAGCAGCCAAGGUCAAGGGGACGACGAGCCCAAGGAGAAGAGAUCCUUCUUCCAGUCCAUCAACAUUCCCUGGAGGGAUAAAAUGGACAGGAAGACAGAGCUCAUCAAGAGAGAGAAACCUUCGCUUCAGAGCAGGCAUUCCCUGGAUAGCACCAGGGUCCAGGAGAAGGAGGCGGGCCCCUUGUGGAUCACGCUGGCGCUGCAGAAACAGAAAGGAUUCCGGGAACAGCAGCAGAACCGCGAGGAGCGUCGCAGCCUACGGGAAACCAAGCUGGCCGAGAAGCAAUCCCGGGAGCGAGACAGUGUGGGCUUAACGAUGACAAUUAGCCCCACGGAGACCCGAGGUGGAAGCGGGAGCGUCAGUCCAGGUUCUAAAGCGACGACGCCGGACGAUCCCAAGAGACCAGACAGCCUGCUGGGACGGUUCGAGAGGCGAGAGCAGCUGAAGAAAGCCAACACGCUGCCCAGCUCCGUCACGGUGGAAAUCGCUGACUCCACGCCGUCGCCCCCUGCUGUCAAGGAGGUGUCCAAGCGCUUCCCCGCCAUGGACUCGCCACAGGUAUCCACCGAGCCCGCCUGGCUGGCUCUGGCCAAGCGGAAGGCCAAAGCCUGGAGCGACUGUCCUCAGAUCAUCAAGUAACAACCCCACCUCCACAACCUCCCCCAUAAACCCUCCUACUCCUACUCACGAUGACAGCGGUCCCCAACCACCAUACAUAUAUAUGUAUAUGUACAUAUAUAUAUGGGCUGAGUCGACCACGAAUAGCGAAAAUCCCUUAAUUGACAAUUAUAGUUACCAUUUUUUUUGGGGGGGGGGGGGGGGAAGUGGAGGAUCGAGUAAAAAAAAAAAAAAAAAAAGAAAUGCAAAUAAGCAGUUUUUUGGGCAAAAAUAGGUAAAAAAAAAAAAAUAUCUGCAAAUAGGCGCAAUCUCAAAUGGCGGAAUUCAAAUAUGUGUACAAUACGGUGCUAUUUUGUCCAUAUUAAAAACACAAAACAAAGAAAUUGUGGUGGUUUUUGAGGGGUCUGGAAAAUAGACUCACGCAAGGUACCCCUGGAAGUAGUUUUUAUCUGUUACUAUGCCGGUCCGUCCAAAAGAUUGCUUCCGGUCCGUGGCGCAACGAAACAAAAGUUGGGGACCGCUGCACUCCACUCCACAAACACACCAGCUCUGCAUGGAGACGCCACACUACUGCACAACCACUCCCAUCACACAGGCUGCAUUCAAAUAUACAAAUAUUAUAUGUCAAGGUUGCAAGCAUGCGGCUAACACACAAAGACACAUUUUUAUUCAUAUUGUAGCCAAACACUGGGAUUGUAAAUACGCAAAGGCCUCCAACGAAGAGGCGGAGCUUGCCAGUGUUAAGAUGGGGGAAAGAGUCACUAAGGGUCUCUUAAAGGGCUAGAAGUGUUAUUUCCACUGUGUCCGUGACGGAAUGGUGGCGGGAGGGUUCUUCAUCCCUGCUCGGCUUCCGGUCACUUCCUGCUUGCUGUACAAUGUAGAUCCGGGGUGGGCAAAGUAUGUGCUCGCGGGCUACGUUCUUUCAUCUGGCCUAACGAGCAUUUACAUUAGCAAGAGUCUUGUAAUAUUUGUUGUAUUAGUUUUACACAUUUUCAGCCCUAAAAUUGGUCAAUUAAAAUGGAUCUAUUCAUUUAUUUUACGUUAUUAGGAGUCCCGUAAUAUUUCUUGCAUUAAAUUAGACAUUUUCCCCUCUGAAAUUGGUAAAUUAAAAUGGAUUUAUUCAUUUAUUUUAUUUUACAGGAUCAAGAGAUAUUUGUUGCAUUAAUUCAGACCUGCCUCUCCCAAAAUGAUUAUAUUGAUAUAUUUGUUUUACAAUCAAGAGUGCUGUAAUAUUUGUUGCAUAAAUGUAGCUAUUCUCCCCAAAAACUGCUUAAAAUGUAAUAAUUUGAUUUCAUGUUGUUGUUGCAUUAAUUAAGCCAUUUUCCACCAUAAAAAUUGGUAAAAAUUUAUUCAUUAUAUUUUACAUUAUACUCAUGUAAUAUUUGUAAUAUACAUUUUGCCACACCCCCAAGUUGCAAAUUAAUUUACUGUAAAUACAAAACAAUAUUUUUUCAUUUGAUUUUAUUAAAUAACUAAUUCAUUAUAAUUAAAUAAAUAAGAGUACAAUAAAAAAGCAUUAGAAUGAGAUAUUACUAUAGUAAUAAAUAAAUAUGAAAUUAUUUGCCUUUUUUUUUAAAACCUCCUCUACAAAUGAACUGUGCCAACUUUCUCAUUAAAUAAUUUGCUAAUGGAUUUUUUUUUAGUAAUACAAUACAAAAAUCUAAAUAUUUUUAUUUGAUCAAAUAAUUAAUUUAUAUUAAUUCAGUAAUAAUACAAUCACAUACAUUUUUAUUUAAAUUUUGAAUGAAUGAACUUUAGUAAUUAUUUCAUUUACAUUUUUUUAACUUCAUCUACGAAUGACCUGGACCAUGCUUCUCAUUAAUUAAAUUUGCUAAUUGAUGGAAAAAAAUCAAUUAAGUAAUAAAAUAUAUUAGUAAAAUUAAGAAUGUGUAUACAUUUUAUUAAACCAGUCGUUGAUAUAAUAAUGAAAUGAAUGGUAAAUAACAAUAAACCAAUAUUAAUAGAUUAAAACAAACGAUUUGACCCUUUUUUUUUUUAACCUGCGAAUGGCCUGGUCCAUCAGCCCUUCAUAGAAAUUUGAAUGUGGACCUUCAGUACAAACGUUUGCCCACCCUUGAUGUAGGUCCUGUUUGUAGAGCAUCAUCAUCAUCAUCAUUACUUCCUCCUCUUCGUCAAUGUUCUUCCUGCCAUAACCAUGUGCAACAUAUGUACUGUAUGUAAGACAGAGCCUUGUUUCGAACCUUGCCGGUGUACGCAGUGUUGUGUAACAGAAACAAACAAAAAAAAAGUUUGGUAUCAUUUGCACUUUUUUGGGGGUCCCACUUAAACUUGUGAAGGGAAGUUCUUAAAUGAAAAAAAAAAAAAAAAAAAAAAAAAAAAGCUAGGAA